GAUAUAUACAAAUAUUAUUCUGUGUAUCUCCUGAAUUGCUUCAAGAACGAAGAUGGUGGAUCUUCAAACUGUUUGCUGCAUGUGUGGUGACGUGGGUUUUCCUGACAAGCUCUUCCGCUGCAACAAAUGCCGCAAUCGCUUUCAACACUCGUAUUGUAGCAAUUAUUAUAGCGAAUAUGCGGAGCCAACUGAACUGUGUGAUUGGUGCUUAAGUGAUCAAGAAAGGAGCACGACAAGGCACGGUAGCUCUUCCAAGAAAUCGAGUAUGGCGGCCGCAGGAGGAGUCGAGACCGGAAGUGCCUCGAGCCGGUCAGAAUACUCUGGGGAUCACAAGAUCAAGCAACAAGAUCAUAAUCAAGAGAGUGGAAGCGGUGAGAAGGUUAACACCAAGAACCACCCUAGCAGUGGCGUGCCGUCACCAAGAACCGCUACGCGCAGGUACAAGCUUCUCAAGGAUGUAAUGUGUUAAGAAUAUUAAUUUAGAGAGUGUGAGCGAUACCAAAAAGGUUAAGCCUUAACGAUCAGCAGCCUCAUAAAAAUAAAAGGCUUUUAAGUGUUUAUAGAAGCAAUUAUGUAAAUUACAUAUCAUAUUUAGUACUUGCUUUCUAUCUAGAGUGUUAAUUGUUUUUUGGGUUCCUUUGUGUGUUCUUAAUAAUAAUAAUAAGGUAAGCUUGUUUUCCAAUGA